UGGACAGGUGAUGCUUUACAGGGCAUGACUGAAAGACAGCAGUCUAUCUCUGUAAAGUUUUUAUUUUACGACAACUUUCCACAGUAAUAUGUGGUUUGCUGGACUAUUAACGACCUCGGACAGCCGCUAGCUUCAGCGGAUUAUUAGCCGCCAUUCCGACCUGAGAGACGACAUAAAGGGCAGCACUCGAUAUGUCACAGGAGACGCUUUUCCUGGACUCGGGGCAGAAUCAAGAGGCUGUCCCCGAACGAAAGAGCCGAAGUCGGCUCGGUCUCGUCAUAACAGGGGUGGUGGGAGGCUCCCUGGUCGCCCUGUAUGCGGUGACAGCUCCGUUCGUUGCCCCUGCCCUGAGAAAAAUCUGCCUCCCGUUCGUCCCAGCCACCACGGCUCAGGUGGAGAAUGUGCUCGGCGUGCUGCGGACACGAUCCGGGACCUUGGUGGACAUUGGAAGUGGAGAUGGGAGGAUAGUAAUUGCAGCAGCCAAACAUGGAUUUGUGGCAUCUGGAUUUGAACUGAACCCCUGGUUGGUGUGGUAUUCCCGCUACAAGGCAUGGAGAGAAGGGGUGCACCGUUCCACCUCUUUCCACAUCUCUGACUUAUGGAAGGUCAGUUUUGCCCAGUACUCCAAUGUUGUAAUUUUUGGAGUCCCACAAAUGAUGGACCAGCUGGAGCUCAAGCUCACCAGUGAGUUGCCGAGCACAGCGAAAGUGGUGGCCUGUCGCUUCCCCUUCCCUACCUGGGUUCCUGAACAUACUGCUGGGGAGGGCAUAGACACUGUCUGGGUGUAUGAUGCCAAAACAUUCAAAUCACACUUGCAGCAUGGGACGACAACAAAAACAGCUGAGCAAGAGGACACUCAAGAUUCACACACAUAGUUACAAACAGUCAAGCCUGGAAUGCGUCAUGCUUUGACUUUGUCACCCUGAAAUGGUGUGAAAGAUCUGAUGUGUAUUUUGAAAGAGCUUUAUGAAAAGCAAUUAGUACUGUGAACUGUGAGGAACUGAAGGAGUAAGAAACCACAGUGGCUGUGAGGCACAGAUAUGUUAAAGUGAUCUGGCUGUAUUCAUCUCUGAGUUUGGAACAAACUGUGGAAAUUAGACUGAAUGACUUGAGAUUUUCAUAUUUACAUUGUUUGGAUUGUAAACAAGUUCUGAAUCACAUUCAGAUGUAAUAAUGCAUUUCCUUUAACAUAUGGAUGUUUUACAUUAGAUACUGGCUUUAUAUGAGGCUAUUACUUGAUUAAAGACAAAUGAUGCCACAACAGAUUUCAAGAGAGGGAACCGAGUGAGAUGAACAGAUUGUAACAGAUUAUCUGAGCAGUUCAGCAUUUAUCCUGAUAUUUCCCUUCACAGUUGAUGUUGGAAACAGUGAUGGUUGCUGACUUUAAAAAUAAAACAGUGUGCUCAAGACAAGACUGCCUUCUGACUGAUAAAUUACAUCCUGAUUUGAAGGUGUGCUCAUGGAUCUUUUAUUGCAGAUUGUGAUUGGAUUUCUUUACAUGAAUUGGUAGAGUUUUAUAUAUUGAGAUGUAACAUUUAUGAGAAUUUCCCAGAAAGACAAAUCUCAUGAGCAAACUGGUUGUGUACUUUGUCAAGUUGUGUGUUUGCAGUCCUCAAGACUCACAUUGUUACCCUCACAGUACAGUCUGAUCUUUGUAUAAUUCACUUUGUAGCGGAAAGCUUAUCCCUAAAAUCAUCCCUUCAGUGUUGGGACGUUUCCACUCAUAUUUUAUCAUUGCUUCUCAGGGUGACAAGAAGGCACUUUGUGACGACAAC